UGUGAGACAUGAGUCUAUGACGCGGCUUCGUUCUUCGAAACGACGACGAACGAGUUCAGCACUUAAACUUGACUCACACGCUUCGCUGCUUGAUCCUUCAUUCAACUCAGAACCGUACUCGUUCACAGAGAGACACGGACGCGUGGCUCGCGGGAUCAUCAAUUGGAGCUUUGGGGCGCUGGCUUUCCUUGCCGGGUAAGAUGAAGAUCAACGUAAACUCCGUCGCUCGCAAAGUCGAGGUUGACAAUCGCAUACCCCUCCAUUAUUACUACCGAAUUGCCGAUAAUCUCCUCAAACAGGCUAAUAUCUACCGGGAAGAGAACAAUAUAGUCGACUUGUAUAUCAUACUUCUCAGAUUUUCAAGUUUGGUUUCUGAAACUAUACCAUUUCAUCGAGAUUACCAAGCUUCAUUUUCCAAAGAAAAAGCAGCAUAUAAGAAGAGAUUGCCAGCUGUACUGAACGAGCUUGAAUCUUUGAAGCCAGAAUUCAAACAAAAGGUUAAUGAAUUGAAUGAGUUACAUGGGAAUGCCCAAUUUCCUAAAGCUGGUGAUUCCGACAAGGCUUUGCAUGGUUCAAUGACUUCAUCUUUGGAAUGGCCUGCUGUCAGUAAUAAUUCUUACUCAAGCAUGGAUUCUAAACAGCUGCAGCCUGCUGGAUUGGGUCUGCAGUCUUCAUGGAAAUAUAAUUAUAAUGCUGGUCAUUACGUAUCUUCAAAUGCUGUUCCUAUUGACAAGCAGCUUCAGAAACUAUCUCUUAGUUUACCUCUUCCAAAAGAGGAGACACUAUCCAGACACUCAUUUUUUGGACCAAAUGGUCUUCGGGGCCAGUGGCUUGGACCAACUGCAGGAAUGAAGGUUCACUAUCCAAGCAGUAAUGAUUUGACUAUUCCUGAGAAUUCAAGUCUGAAUCAGGCUGGAAAAUAUGAUCUUGUGGCAGUUAAAGAGGGUGAUCCAGGAACAGGCAUGUCCACAAUGGAUUCAGUGCUUUCCUUGGAUGAUGGAAGUUGGUCACGUCCUGCUGAUGAGUCAUGUCCUCCUCUACUGAAUGAAUCAGGGGACAGUCACUUCCAGUUGCUCAACAUUAGGCAACCUUCACCUCCUCCUGUUCUUGCUCAGGUUCAGCCAGAGUAUGCCCCGAUUCCUCCUUCAAGAGUUGCAGAUCCAAGACCUGGACCAGCCAAAUCUUCUCCAGAUUCUCCACUUGGUCCUGCUGCAUAUCAGCACCUACACAUUCCUGUCAAAAUGAUGGAUGAUUUUUUGAGAUUGGCUCUGGGAAAUACACAGAAGAACCUAGAGACUUGUGGUGUUCUUGCGGGGUCCUUGAAAAACAGGGUUUUCCAUAUUACUACUCUUAUAAUCCCCAAGCAGGAAUCAACUUCUGACUCGUGUCAAACAUUGAAUGAGGAAGAGAUAUUUGAAGUUCAAGACCGUUUAUCACUUUUUCCUUUAGGCUGGAUUCACACACACCCAUCACAGACUUGUUUCAUGUCAUCAGUGGAUCUCCAUACACAUUACUCAUACCAGAUCAUGUUACCAGAGGCAAUUGCAAUUGUCAUGGCCCCUACAGAUGCGAAAAGUCCGCACGGCAUAUUUCAUCUGUCUGAUCCUGGUGGUGUGUCAGUAAUUCGCAACUGUCAGCAACGUGGAUUCCAUCCCCAUGAGGAGCCUUCUGAUGGAAGUUCAAUUUAUGAGCAUUGCUCUCAUGUCUAUAUGAACGCUAACAUGAAGUUUGAUGUUGUUGACCUUCGACAGAGAUGAUUUCUCUAGGAUUGCAGACAUGCGGAAGAACAUCCUUCCAGAGUUGAACAAGAACUGCAUGUUUUCUUAUCUGACUGCCAUCUCGAAAAUUGAACUUCAUGCUGAUUCUUUUGUAUUCAGUGAAUGAGCUAAAGAAAACUAAUCAUGCACCUCAAGAUUUUGUAUUGUAGCAGGGAAAUUGCACGAGAUGAUUGUAUCGUAGAGGCAAGAUGAUUAUGUAAAUAGUGGUCUUAAUUUAGAGGUGAAGAAACGAGAAAUAUGACUACUGUUAUCACGCAAGAUGGGACAAUCGGUGAAUUAGAUGGGUGCCAUCAGAUACAAGCCCACCGGGCUAAUAUUACGGCGAACUCGUUGUAUAGACAUGUUCGUUGUCAUUGGUUCGCUCUUCUGUUCUCUUUCGUUCUUUUGGGUGUUUGGUGGUUCACUGAUCAUAAAGUACAAGGAUUAAAACUAGUGUUAAUGAAUUAUUAUUCAUUUA